CACAUCCGGCUGGGAAAAUUAAUAGAAAAACACAAGAAACCUGCAAAAAACUAAUAGUGCGAGUGAGACGGCAGGACAACAAACAAUCUUCUCACUCAAACUAUCAAUUUUGAGGUUAAGAGCGAAAUUCCCAGAAAAAUCCCUGGAAUCAGCAAAAAACGGGCUUCCUUUCGCGGAAUAACGUGCUUGAUCAGUUUUACAGUUGCGCGUCAGUGGUGUAGAAUGUCCAGUGAGACUAAAUCUUCUGGAAAAUCAUCGGGGGAAUCGAAAGAUUACGUGGCUCAACUUAUUAGUCCAUACAGUACAUCUGAUACACCGGAUUUGGAUUCAUCUCGCCGUCAGGCGUACGCUUGUUCCAAAUUUAUGCUGUACAUGGAAGUUGGUGAGGAUAGUUUGCAGCUGGAGACGCACGCAAAGAGACUUCACAAUCUCCGGAAGGAGUUGUCCUACUUGAAGAAGACUGAGUGGAAAUAUGAUCCAAUUGACAAGCUAAUCGGGCAGUCGUAAAGUAUUCUGUGUUAAUUUGGGGAAUUUCCGGGGGAGGGAUAAAGAAAGAACUGAAAAAAAAAAAUGAAUACUCUGGAGAUGGUGUUGGAUUUGGCCUUCUCGCACUACCUUCGGACACGUCCGGAGUAUGCGCAGAAGAAGCUAGAGGAGGCCCUGAAGAAGCUAGAAGGGCCAGAUGAUGAUGAUGCUGAGCGCAGGGAAGAGGAGGAGCGUGAGAAACGCUACCGGGAGGAGCUGAAGCGUUCCGGAGAGUGUGUAAAGAAACAGGGAUGGGUCACGAAGCUCCUUCCCUCGUACGGGGUGAUUGACAACAACUUCCGCUUCGAGAUUGACCUGAUUAAGGAGUUUACAAACUUUGCUGAGGGUUGCCGGGUGAGCUAUCUCGCCUACAAACAGCCCGAUGGCAUUGUGAAGGUCGUAAAGAUUGAUUCAGUGCUGCAGGAGGCAUGGGAACGUGGGAACUUCAAUGAGCAGAAGAUCUUUGAACAAAAUCUCGAGGAAUUCUACGGGACGCAUCUUAGGAAGAUCAACGGCACUGUGGUGAGUCUUUUUCCUUUAAUUUUCCAGAUUUUCUUUCAUUUUCUUCUUUUUGAUUUUUCGACACAAUGAUGGUCGUGAAAAUUGCAAAAUAUUGAUAAAAAUCUUUUAUAAAUUUAUUUGUUAUUUUUAAUGAAAAAAAAAGCUUUAAAUUAUCAUUUUCAAAUGUAAAAAAUUCUCCGGAUGUAAGGAAAGAAUAAAAAAGGUUCUCCGUAUCUGAAAGAAAUCAGAGAAAAAAAUCUUAGUUUUUUUACUUCAGUCUCAUUUUAGGUAAAAAUAAAAGCAAAAAAAGAUUUAAAAAAAAUCUCAGAAAAAGUUUAAAGGCAUAUAAAUUGUUUUUGUUCAGGAGUAAAAAAAGGGUCCUGAAAAAGGGAAAAAGCAAUAAAGUUAAAAAAAAAUUAUGACCAUUACUAAAGGAGAUCAUGCACGGCAAUGUAAAAACUUCCUCUCUCGCAGAACAAUUUUGACCCAUUUCAUCUUGUAGAGAAUAAAAAUAAAAAACUAAGAAAAA